CGCGGAGGCCUCCACCGGCAGCCUCCUACCGGAGCCUCGUCCCAACGGCAGCCUCGUCCCAGCGGCAGCCCCGGCGGCGGGGCGGGCCCGGCCGGGCCCCGCGGAGCAUGUCCCGGCCGCCGCCGCUGCCUGCAGACCGCCGCAUGGCAGCCGCCCCCGUGCCGAGCAGCAGCAGCACCGCGGCCCGCGCCGGACCGCUGGCGACAGCCGUGCCCAGGGCCAGCUGAGGACAGGCCCUCGGCGCCCCCGGCCCGCCUCGGACGCCCCCCGCCCGCCGCCAUGAACGGGCUGUCGCUCAGCCAGCUCUGCUGCCUCUUCUGCUGCCCGCCCUGCCCCAGCCGCAUCGCCGCCAAGCUCGCCUUCCUGCCGCCGGAGCCCACCUACGCCGUGCUGCCCGAGCCCGAGCCCGCGGGCAGCAGCGGGUCCCUGCGCGGCGCCGCGGGGCGCUGGAGGCUGCAGCUCAAGGACCGAGCAGACUUCCAGUACUCGCAGCGCGAGCUGGACAGCAUCGAGGUCUUCGUCACCAGGAGCAGCCGCGGGAACCGCGUGGGCUGCAUGUACGUCCGCUGCGCGCCCGGCGCCAGGUACACGGUGCUCUUCUCCCACGGCAACGCCGUGGACCUGGGGCAGAUGAGCAGCUUCUACAUCGGGCUGGGCACUCGCAUCAACUGCAACAUCUUCUCCUACGACUACUCCGGGUACGGCGUCAGCUCCGGGAAGCCCUCCGAGAAGAACCUCUACUGCGACAUCGACGCCGCCUGGCAGGCCCUGCGGACGCGGUACGGGAUCAGCCCAGAGAACAUCAUCCUGUACGGACAGAGCAUUGGCACCGUGCCCACAGUGGACCUGGCCUCACGCUAUGAGUGCGCUGCCAUCGUGCUGCACUCCCCCCUCACCUCGGGCAUGAGGGUGGCAUUCCCCGAGACCAAGAAGACCUACUGGUUUGAUGCCUUCCCCAAUAUCGAGAAGAUCUCCAAGAUCACCUCCCCCGUGCUCAUCAUCCACGGCACCGAGGACGAGGUCAUCGACUUCUCGCACGGGCUGGCGCUGUUCGAGCGCUGCCCCAAGGCGGUGGAGCCGCUCUGGGUGGACGGGGCCGGGCACAAUGACAUUGAACUCUACAGUCAGUACCUCGAGCGCCUGCGCAGGUUCAUCUCGCAGGAGCUGCCCAGCCAGCGCCCCUAGCCCGGGCGGGCAGCGGGCAGGGAGAUGCGCCCAGCGGCCCCUCCCCAAUCCCUGACGCCGGAGGUGCCUCGGCGGGCGGCGUGCCCUGGAGCGGGCAGUGCCCUUCCUCUUGGGCACGGCGCAAGUCUCCUCCCUCCCAGUGUCAGCACCGGCGCUGCUGGCACCACCGGCCGGGCUGGCACGAGAUGGCAGCUCCCUCCCUGCCCCGUGCCCGGAGAGAGCCCACCCUGCUGUGGCACACCCUUGGCUCGGACGUGUCCUCGGCCCCCUCCUGCAGCAGCCAGCUCGGCUCCUCCUGGCCGCUGCCCUGCUCUGACUACAGCAAUAAGAGAGCUGGAGAGGGGCUGGGGGCCUGGCCCCUCCUCGGCCCCCCUGCAGGGUGGGACACGGGAGGGACUUGGCAGCUCCUGCUCCCCGUGGGGCCUUCCCGCAUCGGAGCUUUCCCAGGAUGGGCGCUGCUGAGUGCUUGGGGUUUGCCCCGGGGCUGGGGCAGAGUCAUUUUCCCCAGGGGGCUUCGGGGAUAUGUGCUGGAGGUGCCCCCUGCCCUGCGUCCCUCCCAGCCUGGCCCUGCUCGGAGCACUGCCGAGCUCAGGCCUCCCUGGAGAGUCUCCUGCAGCCGCUGGCAUCUCGGGGGGCAGGGCAAGGCUCCAGGCACCCAAUAAAGAGCAGAGUUUAACGUUUCA